AUGACUGUGGAGGUCUGCUUGGGGCACUGCAGCACGUACGAGUACUACGGAACGCAGUAUUCGGCAGAGUACUCGAGUGAGUAUUCUCAAGAGCGACAGGAGCCUAACAGUCCGGACGCCGUGGUGGCGUAG